AUGCAGCUCAAGUCGUUGUUGUUUGGCCUGAUGGCCGUCGAGGCCGCCGUGGCAUCUCUGCCCAUGCGCAUUGUCUCGUGGAACAUACGCUACGCUACCAGCUCCCUCGAAGAUGGCGAGAAGCCGUGGUUCGACCUCUUUUGCUGGGCCACCAAGUCCCGCUGCCGCCAGUACAAGUUCUACGAAAAGCUGAACCAGAUCAUCAACGCGACCCCCAACGGCACGCCCCUGGUCAUCGGCAUGCAGGAGGUCCUCGACAACCAGCUCAAUGACAUCCAAAACAACCUGGGCGACGGCUGGGCCCACAUCGGAGUCGGGCGCGACGACGGCAAGAAGUCGGGCGAGUACAGCCCCAUCUUCUACCAGACGAGCCAGCUCAGGGUUGUCGCGUCCGAGACCAAGUGGCUGUCGCCCACGCCGGACUCGGUCUCGUACGGCUGGGGCGCCGGCAGCAGGCGCAUCGUGACCACGGCCGUGUUUGAGCACAUCGCCACGGGCCAAAAGUUCAUCCACGCAAACACUCACCUCGACAACGUGAGCGCCCAGGCCCGAAGCGAGGGCGUCAAGGUCGUCCUCACCCGCAUCUCCCAGGCCCGUGCUGCCUACGGGCCCUUGGGCGUCUCGCUGACCGGCGACUUCAACUCGGCCCCUUACACCGACGCCUUCAAGACCCUGUCCGACACUGGCUACAUGAAGGGCGAGCUGUACGACCUCGCCACCCCGGACCAGCACGCCGGUCCUUACACUACCACCUACACCACCUUCCGUGAGGGCGCUGGCGAGAGCAGGAUCGACUUUAUCUGGCUGGGUGCUGCCUCUGGAUACCCUUACAAGGUCCUCAAGUACGAGAUUUGGGACCAUACCGUUGAUGGCAUGCGUGUGAGCGACCACAGGCCUGUCGUUGGUGAUGUGGUUCUUAAUUAA